AUGGCCUGCCCGAUUUGCAGUGCGCACGAUGCCUCGCCCUCCCGACGGCAAAGCUUCUUACGCCGCGGGAUCGGGGCGCGGUCGCGUCGCCGCGUGGUCGCCAUCGGCGUCGCAUGCCUGGUGAUGGGCACCUGGGUGGCCAGCCUUUUCGCUUCAGCAUGGUGUGGUGGCUCACUGGUGUCAGCUCAUAGUUCCAGACAGCUCCAGAUGAACGCCAAAAAGUCCCGAUCUCGCAGCCGCAGCAAGACUGGGACCACUCCCAGGACGACUGGGACCAGGACGAGGACGAGCACUUCAAGCCCGAAGACGAAGCAGACGAAGCCCCCAGCGCCUUCUUCGGAGCCUGAAGGGGCGGAGGUCUUCGAUCCGCUCGAAUCAGAUGAGGAUCGAGAGUUUCGCGAACGCUACCUCUCUGCCGACAAGGAGACCGAGCCGGAUUGGAAGCAGAAGAUGGACCAAGCAAAGACCAAGGAGGACCGUUUUAAGGUUGGUUUGCAAGUGGGCGAUUUCAAGACCAGCUAUUCCAUCCUGGCGGAGGAGCUUCUGGGCAGCUUCGUGGAUGGCGACAAGGAUCGGCUUGACCAGUUCCUGACGAAGGCAGGCAUCGCACAAUGGCAGCUUUUGCUGGUCCAGUUGGUUGUCAUCGGAGUGCCGUUGGCUGUCAUCACCUAUUUGUUUGGCCUUUGGACAUUCUAG